GUUUGAAAAGUGCAACCUUAUGGCACACGUGCUUUCAAAAUUGUGCGUUACUGCACAUGUGAGUCUCACGUAUAUCGAAAUAAAGUGCUUGGUUUGAUAUUGAAUUACUAUGGACACAAUCCUAUUGAGUGAUCUUGAACGUUUCUACUUAGUACAAGGAGUUGAAGUGGGAUGUAGAAUGGAUGGUCGUGAACCUAGUGAAUAUCGACCUUUGGAAAUUGAAACCAAUAUUUUAAGUCACGCGAAUGGUUCAGCUAGUAUUCGUAUUGGUGAAACAUUCAUUGUUUGCUGUGUUAAAAUGGAGGUUGGCAAACCUUCUUUAACUAACAUUGGUGAAGGUCGUAUUGAAAUAAAUGUUGAAUGUUAUCCUACAGCAACUCACCGGUGUAGUGAGAAGGCAGCGUCCGAGCUGGAGGAACGUUUGAAGACAACAUUACAAUCAACCUAUCAAUCGAAGUUUAUAGAUCUAAGCCCUCUGUGUAUCCAACGAGGUCGACAGUGCUGGGUCAUCUAUAUCGAUCUGCUUAUCUUAGAAGGUGCUGGAAACUUACUUGAUGCUUCCUCCCUGGUAGUCAAAGCUGCUCUACUAAACGCUACACAGUCAAAUUCUUUACUAUUGUCUGUUUUUCAAAACAACCCAAAGUCUGUUGAGACAGAAGUUCACCAGUUUCGUGGAGAUAUGUUGCCGUUAUUUGUCACAAUACAUAAGAAUGUCUAAUUAUUAAACUACUGGUUAUAAUUAACGUUAUAUUCGUCAUAGUGUUGAUGUAUUUGAUGCUUUCAGUAUCAUACAAACUUUACUGAUGAUCUUCAUAUUUCAUGCAUACCUCUAAUUCAUUAGACCUUCCACUAACAAUUGACUCAGAACACUGUAUACUCGUAAAAGUAAAUCCGAAAAUAAAUGUAUGUUUUCACAUGCUGCUUAUUUCAUUUCCUGUAUAAGAGCUUCAACAUUGUAUUAUGCAUUUAGUGACACUUGUUCAUGCUGUGUCUAGUCAUCUUAUAUAAACGUUUAAUUUGAAUCGGGUAAUUUAGUUACAUUUUACUACCACCAUAAAAAAACUACAAGCAUUUAUAAACAACUGUUUACGCACGAUACUCAAUGUUCGUUGAUCGCAUGCCAUCAGAAACAGCCUACUAUGGGAGAGAAUAAACCAGCUUCUAUCUGAAGCGAAAAUUAAGAAAUGAUGGCGGUGGACGAGACAUACAUUUCAGGAAUCAUCAAACUGCAUCACAAAGAAUGCGCCUACUUGGAAUGCUGAAGAGACGGAAAAGAGGAAUUCCAGAGAAUACACUGCGUCGAGAACUGGAAGCAUACAUCAAAAGGGUGAAUAGCAAGUCCAUGAAGUCACUGACAAG